UGCUGGCGUCAGGCGGAGGGAUGGCCUGGCUCAGCUCGACCCGGCAGGGCUUGUUUACUAUGGCUGAUGAUCUGGAGCAGCAGCCUCAAGGCUGGCUGAGUAGCUGGCUGCCCACUUGGCGCCCCACUUCCAUGUCUCAGCUGAAGAAUGUGGAAGCCAGGAUCCUCCAGUGUCUCCAGAACAAGUUCCUGGCCCGAUAUGUGUCCCUUCCCAACCAGAACAAGAUCUGGACAGUGACCGUGAGCCCUGAGCAGAAGGACCGCACCCCACUGGUGAUGGUGCACGGCUUCGGGGGUGGCGUGGGCCUCUGGAUUCUCAACAUGGACUCACUGAGUGCCCGCCGCACACUGCAUACCUUCGACCUGCUUGGCUUUGGGCGAAGCUCAAGGCCCACAUUCCCGAGGGACCCAGAGGGGGCUGAGGACGAGUUUGUGACCUCAAUAGAGACAUGGCGGGAGACCAUGGAGAUCCCCAGCAUGAUCCUCCUAGGGCACAGUCUGGGAGGAUUCUUGGCCACUUCUUACUCCAUUAAGUACCCCGAAAGAGUUAAACACCUCAUCCUGGUGGACCCGUGGGGCUUUCCCCUCCGACCGACUGACCCCAGUGAGAUCCGUGCACCCCCAACCUGGGUCAAGGCCGUGGCAUCUGUCCUAGGGCGUUCCAAUCCACUGGCUGUUCUUCGAGUAGCUGGGCCCUGGGGGCCUGGCCUAGUGCAACGAUUCCGGCCAGAUUUCAAGCGCAAGUUUGCAGACUUCUUUGAAGAUGAUACCAUAUCAGAGUAUAUCUAUCACUGCAAUGCGCAGAAUCCCAGUGGUGAGACAGCAUUCAAAGCCAUGAUGGAGUCCUUCGGCUGGGCACGGCGCCCUAUGUUGGAGCGAAUUCAUUUGAUUCGAAAAGACGUGCCCAUCACCAUGAUCUACGGGGCCAACACCUGGAUAGACACCAGCACAGGGGAAAAGGUGAAGAUGCAGCGGCCGGAUUCCUAUGUCCGAGACUUGGAGAUUGAGGGUGCAUCGCACCAUGUCUAUGCCGACCAGCCCCACAUCUUCAACGCUGUGGUGGAGGAGAUCUGCGACUCGGUCGACUGAGCUGCUCUCUCUAGACAGAGGAAGAGGAGGAAGCCAGCGAGUGACUCUCGCCUCUCUGUCCACUCACGCACCCCCUAUAUCCUUCCCUCACAAGCUAACAUGUGCCAGCCAGGCAGAGUCUUGGGCUGUCCCCAGGAUAGGACCACAGUGAAAAAAAAUCACUCCUGAGUCCACACUAAGGGCUAGAGGCAGAAGCGAGAAGAGGCCUUGAGCCCCCCACCCAGAGGAAGAACAUGAAGGGAUGCACAGUGCCCCGCAUUCUCUCCAUGCCAAGUGUUCCCCGAGUGGUGGUGAAGGGAUUGCACCGAGCCACAUCUCUCCCUGUGCAGCCUUUCCUUCCUCCAGGCAAAGGAGGGCUCCCAGCAGCCUUUCCUAGCUUUGGAGUGUUUAUGGGGUUAGGUUCCGUGCAAGAACAUCUUCUCCAUCACCCCCACCCUCAUCCUGUGCCAGUUCCAUCCAGAUUCUGAUUUGGACCAGUCCUCACUUAACUACUAAGAGCAGGUCCUAGAGCUCCCUUCACCUGCAGGUCCCUUCUAUGACCUGAAAGCCUUCAUUGACAGAUGAGGGAACAGGGCAAGGCAGGACAUGGCUGGCCCAUGGUAACACAGCUCUGUGUGAUAUGACUUUCAGCAGAGCUAAGUCUAGAACCCAGUCCACUGACACUCAGUGCUAUUGCAGCCUUGAUUUGCCAAGGUUCGAGGCAGGCUCCAUUGCCAUGAGGUUAGUCCUGGUCACCAGCUGAGGCCCAUCCCUGCCCCACAUUCUAGCCCCAUUGUGCAGGGGUGCUGUAGUCCUUCCCUGUGUCUCAGCCCUGGCUGCCUAAGCUGGGAACAUUCAAGUGCUUCCUUACUUGCCCCCUUUUCCUACCAACUGGGAGGCCUCUGAGCCUCCCUUUGUGCCUUGGGCCCUGAAGCCCCAUAUAUAGUAUAGAGCAAAGGUGGCCCCUGGUGGAGAGUGGGGGAAUAGGCCCUUCAACCCCAGGGCCAGGUCUGGAUUCUCCAUGCCCACUAGUAUCCAUAUUUUUUUACCUGCCUCCAGAGCUGAGGCCCUCCCUGAGCCCUUUCCCAUGGUCCAAUGGGAAGCCUCAAGCCAACAGUCCCCUGUCAUCAGCCACAGGAUGGUUCCCACUGCCUGACCCUCUAUCCCCAUGGCCUCCAGCUCAUCCUGCCCCCCACCUACCUAUCAGCCCUCUCCCAGGGGCUGGGUCCAGGUGCUGCUCUCAGGUUCUGGGCAGUAGGCUGGGCCUAGCCCCAAACCAGGGCAGCUCUACCUGUUCCUGCAUUUUGUAAAGCCAAUGCUCUCACCAGAAUAGUAUUAACUCCUGGUGCUUUGUACUACUGGUCAAACUGCCUUGGGCUCGUUUUCUAUAUUAAUAAAAAAUUAGUAAAAACUGCUA